GGCUAGCAUGUUUGACUGUGUAUCAUCGGGAAGAAGAAGACGAUUGCGUCCGAAGACUGAGGGACCUGGAAGUCGUCGUAGCCUUGUGAGUCUGUUAUCUGUGUAGUACUAUCGUGAUUGCACCUUGAGUUGCCCUGUGGGUGGACUGAUGCCUGGAGAACGUAGGGACGGAUACCGCUCAGGGAAUGAUGCUAGGCGCGAGGCGGACCGUCACCGGGACGAUAGACGGAACGAGCGGUAUGAAGAUUGGCGGUCUUAUUGCCCUCCCACAUGCUUCGCAUGUGGCGAGCCAGGGCAUUAUGCCAAUCAAUGCCCGGACAAGGACAGGAGGCGGUAUGCUGAACGGCCGUCUACCUCAUCUGACUACCGCCAGUUGGACCAACCUCGAAGAGCGGACUAUCGGAGACGACAUGACUCGCCUCCAGGCGAUGGUGGGGAAAUAAGGAAUAAUGUGGCGGAACUUGGUAAAUCCGUAGGCGUCAUGAAAGACUUCUUCGACGAAGCAGGGUUGAGGAAGGAGGAGCGGGAGCGGAAGAAACGUGAGAAGGAGGCCGAAGCCCUCGAAGCUGCGGAGCGCGAACAACAGGAGAAAAAAGCUAAGAAGAGGGAAGAGAAGUGCAAGAGGGAGCUCGAUCUGGAGGCGCAGCGUCGAGAAGACGCGAUGGAGGAAAAUUUUGCUCAUAAGGUGGACAGCGUCAUUGGUCCUAUCCGAGAUCUGAUCGAGCUCGGAAAAAAUAAGGUUCCCUACGCUGCUAAGAGUGUACCGCUCUCUUAUGAAGAAAGUGACACUAGCUUCACUCAGGAACUGAGUGCGCAAACGGAGCGGUUGUGCAUCGCAGAUAAGAGAAAAAGGGGGCCGGAACCUGAGUUCGAUGACAACCCUCCAAUGGAAUUACCACCCAAGCGUACACCCAAGCGAGGAGUGUUGAAGCCUACUGGGCUUGCUCGGAGAUUGACGAGAGCACGCACUGUGGUCAAGUCUCUUGGAUCCAUAAAGAGAAAGUCACCGGUCAAGACCCCCUUGUCGGCAAAGGGGAAGAAGAAGCUCAUGCCACGAAAGCUCAGUGCUGAGAUCUGUACGCCAACAAGCAAAGGUGCCCUUAGACGACUGUGUUUUCUCGACUCCAUGAUGAAAGAACUCAAGGAUUUGGACGCCACCGAAUUACAACGAUUAUGUAAGGAGGAAGGUGUCCCGUACGACGGUAAGAUUGAUGCGAUUUUUGCUAUCGCAGACAACCGUGCUAGGGAAAAGUUCAGUCUAGAUGUUGUCGAUCCGGUUGAUGUGAUAGCAAUUGAUGUGUCGGAUGUGUCUGCCCCGCCUAAGGAGGCACAAGAUGAGUGAUGUGGGUGGGAGAUUCCGAUUCUUUGGAAGUUGUGCCGAUACUUUGUUAGUUUGCGAAAUGAAUCUACUGUAGUUAA